GAGCCCUUCUGGCCCUCGUCUCGUCUCGUCUCUCCCCUGGGUGGUGGUGGCAGCGCGCAGAGGAGGGAGAAACAUCACAGGCCCAGGGCAGCCAUCCUUUCCCUCUGCUGGACUGAGUGUUGUUCUGGGUUAUACCACAUCAAGUGAUAGAAGAGAGCAUCUGUCUUCAGGAUAAGAAUUGUCCUGGGAGAGGGAUGUUGUAAGGCACAUGCAUAAAGACGAGAACUGAAAAAUAUACAUGGAAUGUGGUGAAAGACCAUUAUCCCUGAAAAUGGAGGACAAAGCAAGCGUAGAUCUUCCAAAAGCCACCAGAGAAACCAUCCUUAAAAAUGAGGUAAUUGCAGAAGGAAAAUGGGUAAAGCUUGAAGAGACAACGUAUGUUGACCGCUUGGGUAAAACCAGAAUUUGGGAAUGCAUAAAGCGUACCACCAGGAAAGAGGGCAUGCCCGCUGAUGGUGUUGCAGUUAUAGCUGUAUUGCAGAGAACUCUCCACUAUGACUGCAUCGUGUUAGUAAAACAGUUCAGGCCUCCGAUGGGAGGCUAUUGCUUGGAGUUCCCUGCAGGCCUUAUUGAUGAAAAUGAAAGUCCAGAAAGUGCUGCCCUGCGGGAGUUGGAGGAGGAAACAGGAUUCAAAGGGGAGGUCACUGAAUGUUCUCCAGUUCUUUGUUUGGACCCGGGUUUGACAAACUGCACGACGUACCUUGUGAAUGUGGCCAUUAAUGGAGAUGACUCUCAGAAUGUAAGGCCCAAGCAAAAGCCUGAGGAGGGAGAAUUUGUGGAAGUGGUCUCACUACCAAAAAAUGAUCUACUGCAAAGAAUUGAGGAGCUAAAAGCAGAAGAGCACAUUGUAGUGGAUGCCAGACUUUAUAGCUAUGCCUUGGCACUGAAACAUGCAACAGAAAAGCCUUUAGAAGUGCCUUUUAUGAAGUUCUAAUGCUGUGUGGUACAAGACCUCCUUGAAAACUUGGAUGGGAUUCAAGUGAUCAGGGUAGAUUUAGAAGCAGUACUUCAUACUAGAAAAGUUCUAUAGACCUAUAUACAGACACACAACUAUAUUUCAGGCUAUAGUUUCUACAAAUACUUUUACAUAGAGUUAGACACUAAAGAAGUCAGCUGUUACAUAACACAUGAACUCUGGUCAAUGGAAUCUUGUUUCUAGAAUUAAAAAAAAAAAUCAUGUCUCUUAA